AUGGAGGCUGUGGCCAGCAUUGGCCUUACGGCUCCUGCCGCAGGCCUCGCCGCUGCAAGUUGCAAGAAGCGGGUAACCCUGUCGUCAACUUCCGCUCAUUUGGCUCCGAUCGCCUCGUCCGCCAAGGCCACUUCUCAGCGGCGCUCUCAGGAUCGCGUGAUUUCCUCCAGCAGCUUCAAAGCUGAUGUGUCGUCCCUCGUCGCGGAGACCCCGAGGCGGAGGCACCACUCCCGCCGGUCACUUUCCGUCCGCGCGAACGCCGCUGCUGCCGCCGCUGAUUCCGGCGAGCCUGCCGGAUCGAUCGCGAAAGCUCCUUCCAAGAUCCUGGGCGUGGAGGUGAUCACAUUGAAGAAGAUCAUCCCCCUCGGUAUCAUCUUCUUCUGCAUCCUUUUUAACUACACCAUUCUCCGUGACACCAAGGAUGUGCUCGUUGUGACGGCGCCCGGAAGCGGUGCCGAGAUCAUUCCGUUUCUGAAGACAUGGGUGAAUCUGCCCAUGGCGAUCGGCUUCAUGCUGCUGUACGGCCAGAUGGCGAACGUGUUGAGCAAGCAAGCGCUCUUUUACACGUGCAUCAUUCCCUUCCUCGCCUUCUUUGGAAGCUUCGCGUUCGUGAUCUACCCGCUGCGCCACGUGCUGCAUCCGACGGCGUUCGCGGAGCAUCUGCUCUCGGUGAUGGGCCCGCGGUUCAUGGGUCCGAUCUCCAUUCUGCGCAACUGGUCCUUCUGCCUCUUCUACGUCAUGGCUGAGCUCUGGGGCAGCGUCGUCGUCUCCGUCCUCUUCUGGGGCUUCGCCAACCAGAUCUGCACUGUCGAUGAGGCGAAGCAGUUCUACCCGCUGUUCGGUCUCGGCGCCAACGUGGCGCUCAUCUUCUCCGGCCGCACCGUCAAGUACUUCUCUGCACUGCGCGGGCAGCUGCCGCCCGGCGUGGACGGGUGGGGCAUCUCGCUGCAGGGCAUGAUGUCGAUCGUGGUGGCGUUCGGGCUCGUCAUCUGCGGCGUGUACUGGUGGGUCGACCGCAACGUCGUCAACGACCCCUCGCUGCCCAAGGGCACCGGCAAGAAGAAGGUGCGCCCUGGGGGACUGGACUGGGGGAUUGUGAGAGUGGGUGGGAAGAUUGAAAGAUGCGUUGGAUGGAAUGCGGAUAAGGGAAACUGGAAGUCGAAGCCGAAGAUGAGCAUGGGCGAGUCGAUGAAGUUCCUGCUCAGCUCUCGCUACGUGCGCGACCUCGCGAUGCUCGUCGUGGCGUACGGAAUUUCCAUUAAUCUCGUCGAAGUCACCUGGAAGAGCAAGAUCAAGGCCCAGUUCCCGAACCCCAACGACUACUCGUCGUUCAUGGGCGACUUCUCGUCCAUGACGGGCAUUGUCACCUUCGCCAUGAUGCUCCUCUCGCGCGUCAUCUUCCGCAAGUACGGCUGGGGCACCGCCGCGCUCAUCACGCCCACCGUGCUCCUCCUCACUGGCGUCGCCUUCUUCGGCCUCGUGCUCUGCGGCGGCCCUCUCACGCCCGCGCUCGCGAGCAUCGGCAUGACGCCUCUGCUGGCCGCGGUGUACGUCGGUGCAGCGCAGAACAUCUUCAGCAAGAGCGCCAAGUAUUCCCUGUUUGAUCCGUGCAAGGAGAUGGCGUAUAUCCCUCUGGACGAGGAGACCAAGGUGAAGGGCAAGGCUGCCAUUGACGUGGUGUGCAACCCUCUGGGCAAGUCCGGUGGCGCUCUGAUUCAGCAGUUCCUGAUCUUCGCGUUUGGGUCGCUGGCCAACUCGACGCCGUACCUGGGUGCUAUCCUGCUGGGUAUUGUGGUGGCGUGGCUGGCGGCUGCACGGUCGCUGGAUGCGCAGUUCACCCCUCUGGCCGCUGAGGAGCUCCAGGAGAAGAAGGCCGAGGCGGAGGAGAACAAGCCUGAGGAGGUUGAGCUCAAGUUUGUGAGUUCCAUCAACGACAAGGGCUUUAUUGAGGGCAAGUAUGUGCCUGUGUCAGAGGCUGAUGGCAAGACCCCCCCUGCUGCUUGA